UGCAAAAAGUAAAAGUCAUUUCAUGACUACUCGUAUUUUCCAGUUUCAUAGUUUUUUGUUUCAAUUUGUUUUCUAUAUAUAGUAAUGCAAAAAAUGAAGUGGUGUUUUCUAUUUUGAUCAAAUCGAACAUCAGAUCGACAAUAAACGACAUUCCUACUCUGACCGGCAACCAGCGUACACGGGUAUCAUUAAAACUCUGCCACUCGAGAACCUCCAUCGACCACCAACAACGAUACUACAGUUUGGCGACGAGGAAAAUGACUAAUCCAUUGGAUAUGAUUCGCACAUUGGGCCUACAGCUGCAAGCGUUUGAUUAUGUAUCGUUCACCGAUGAUGUCGGCAUCGAGUGGCGCAAGUGGCUAAGAUCGUUUGAAACGAUGAUGCGAGCCAGCCGUAUAGAUGACGAAGAAUGGAAGAAGGACUUACUGCUGCACUACGCAGGACCCAGUGUUCAGUUGUUGUUUGAAACUUUACCGGAGUUACCGGAAGUGGAAAUGCGUGGACCGUUGCUCAAUGUGGAGCGGUAUUUUCCAAACAUGACCGGCUACGAUGAGGUCAAAGCCAAAUUGAACGAGUUUUUCUUGCCAAAGGAAAAUUCGACUUAUGAGCGACAUUUGCUUCGACAGAUGCAACAGAAAGCGGGUGAGAAUAUUGAUGCUUUCACUAUCAGGCUCAGAGUCCAAGCGGAACGCUGCGGUUUUGGUGACAAAUUGGAAGAGAACAUUAAGGAUCAAAUCAUCCAGAACUGUCAAUCUACUGCUCUUCGUCGUGAGCUACUAAAACGAGGCGAUGUAAGCUUGAAAGAGGUGCUUAGUACGGCUAAAAUUUUCGAAACUGUUGCACAACAAGAGAAAUCAUUCACUAAUGGAGAUGGAAUGAAGCUCCCAGUAAGUGAGGUCAAUAAGGUCGAUCUGACACCUUACUCCAGCAAAAGGAUGCGAUUCGCUGGACCAAAUAAUUUCGAAUGUCAUCGUUGUGGAUACCUAGGACACCUGGCCAGAGACGAUUCAUGUCCGGCACGAGGAAAAACAUGCAGCAAGUGCUUUGGCAAGAACCACUUUGCGAAGAAGUGUCGUACAAGGCAUCCGACUAAACCGAAAAGCUAUCCCAAGAGCGAACGCUCAGGAAACGAACAGACUCCCACGGUGAAUUCAAAAUCCAAUGAAAACGAAAAUUCACAUACGGUGAAGCACAUCGCUGAUGAUUCGGUUAACGACAACGCGGAAUACAUUUUCAAUGUAACGUCUUGUAACAGCAAUGCUGAGAUGCAGUGCGAGAUUGGCGGUGUAUCAGUGUCCGCUGUGAUCGACUCGGGUUCGAAAUACAACCUGCUGAGCCAGUCAAAUUGGGAGCAGCUCAAAGGCAACAAAGUGGUUGUAUUAAACCAGCGACGUGAAGCAUCUAUGGAGUUUGAAGCAUAUGGAGGGCAAUCACUUCCUUUAAUUGGCGCCUUCAAUGCAAUCCUUAAAGUGGGAACUGCGAAUACCAUGGCCGAGUUCUAUGUGGUGGAAGGUAACGGGAAAAUAUUGAUCGGACGCGAUACCGCAACGUCAAUGGGUGUUCUAAAAAUUAGUGCCCCUGUCAACGAAGUUGAAGCUAACCAGGACUCUAAAGGGUGCAGUAAACUGGGAACCAUCAAGGACGUUAUUGUAGACAUCCCGAUCCGAGCAGAUGUCACACCGGUUGUUCAGCCGUAUCGUCGUAUACCAGUAGCACUGGAGAAAUUGGUAGAAAAGAAAAUUAAUGAGCUGUUAAACAAGGGUAUAAUUGAGCCAGUUAACGAACCAGCAAAAUGGGUAUCCCCUGUAGUCGUAGUACCCAAGGGCGAUGGCAGUGAUGUACGUAUUUGUGUCGAUAUGCGUCGGGCAAAUGAGGCGGUUGAAAGAGAAAAUCACCCCCUACCGACAAUCGAAGAUUUUUUGCCUCAUCUGGCGAAAGCUAAAGUAUUCUCUCGCUUGGAUGUUGAAAGUGCCUUCCACCAGGUUAUUACUGCUUUCGCUCGUUUCGCUGGAUGAAGAAGGAAAGACCAACUUUGCCGACUCACCGUACUGACAUCGAGCACUGUCACUUCUUUGGAAAUGCGCACGGCUCCGACUGUGUUGUUGUUCUACGACGGCGCGCUGUGCAGGGGUACGCCAACAUUCCCCCCAGGUACGUCGAGCUCCAGGUCGGCUUACUAUUCGUCGCGCCGUACAUCUAGCACGGCCAGCUUGACCACCGGUCGAUCGUAGAUACCGCUCGCCGUUCUUACAGUUGCUGAUCGAGGUAGGCCAUCUCUGCCACGACAGACUUCAAUUACCUUGCCUUUGGGCCAGCAGUUUCGUGGGCUCUUUGGAUCAACGAUUACCACUACAUCGCCCAUUUCAAUCGCUUUCACAUUAGCGAACCAUUUCGCUCUGCGAGUGAUCACAGGGAGGUAGUCACUUACCCAACGUCGCCAGAAUUGGUUCGCGAGGAUCUGUGAAGUACGCCAACAUCGCCGUAACAUGGUACCGCUAUCUUCGAGUGUACACAGCGGUUUAGUUCCAUCCGAUGAUCCCAGCAGGAAAUGAUUCGGUGUCAGCGCCGAAGCGGAAUCGUUAUCUAUUGGAACGUGAGUCAGCGGACGUGAAUUAACUAAAUUUUCGAUCUCGGUUAAUGCGUUACGUAGCAUUUCAUCUGACAAUUUAUGGGGUGGCAAGAUCGUCAUAAGGUUCCGCUUCACAGUGCCGAUCAACCUUUCCCAACACCCGCCCAUGUGCGGUGAUAAGGGAGGUAGGAAGACCCAUUCGGUGUCUGAAGAAACAAACUCCUUAGCCAUAUCGUGCAUGUUGAAAGACAUCUCAACUUAUUUCAGCUCACGGCAGGUUCAGGGCAUAAUGGCAAGCGGCAAUCCGCCCGCGCAUUCGCAUAACUCCUCGCUCAUCGAUCCACGGGGUAAGCUUGUACAAAGGACUAUUUUUAGGCAGCGUAGUGCCGUGAGUUCUGUGCUGUUUCUUCUGCAAAAGCGCGAGCUCGUCCGGAUAGGCGUCUGCUUGAGCUUGCCGGAUCAAAUAGUCCUCAGCGUUGGAAAUCUCCUUCAACGUUAGCGGACCAGUAGUUACUGUCUGCUUCAUGAAAUUUGCAAUGUAGUUGCGAGAAAAACGAAAGACGUAUGCCAUUAUGUUAGUCACUUUUUUCCAGCUGCUGAAUUUACUCACGCAAAAAAGCGGCUUGGCUGUCUGAAAAUGCAGUAGCAGGUACGGGCGUAGUUCAGUUUCAGUUUGACCAUUUAUUGACGGCUGACACGGCCAAUUCCUCUCCGAGCGCCAAAGAAAAUCUGGUCCUGUAAACCAGCGGUCUUCAGACGACAUUACCGGAUUAUGCACCCAUUUCGUGCCGUCGUCAGCCACGUUUUGUUUGGUGGGAACCCAGCUCCAGUCUGCUGCUUCUGUGGAGUCCAAUAUCUCGCUAACUCGAUGUGCUACAAAUUGCGUAAACCGGCGAUGAUCCGAAUUAACCCAGCAUAUAACGUCACGGGAAUCUGACCAAAAUAUUCGUCGUGUUAUGUUGACUGAUAGAGAGUCAGCAACGGCUUGCGAUAUUCGCACGCCGAGCACUGCUGCUUGCAGUUCAAGCCUUGGGAUUGAAAGAAACUUUAAGGGAGCUACUCUGGUUUUAGCAGCUACUAAACUGCAUUCGGUGGUUUCACCCUGGGAGAAACGUAUAUAGCAUGCAGCGGCCAUUCCAUUUUCGCUCGCGUCGACAAACGUAUGUAGCUCCCCUGCGGUACAACUUGCUGGGAGUCGCUUACGGUAGCAACGUCUAAUUUUGAGUGUUUCUACCUGUGGGAGAACCUGGAGCCAUGCACGCCACUUAGUAAAGAGUGCAUCAUCAAUUUCUUCAUCCCAAUUUACACCGGACCGCCAGACUUCUUGGAGGAGAACCCUCAGGUACAUCAAGAAAUGUGCAAUUAGCCCUAGAGGGUCGAACAUGGACAUCAACACUCGAAGCAUUUCAGGUUUGGUUGGACGUCGAUGACCCUGCAGAAGAGAUUGUUCAUAACGGUUCCAUCCAAUUUAUAGGUAAAACAUCGGAUGCAGUGCACCACCACAUUCCCAACACCUUUUCUGUUGCCAACUCCGGCGAGAUGUCAAGAUUCUUCUCGAUGGUUCUGCCUUCAUUCAAAGCUGCCAACACUCGUUGAGAAUUGCUGAUCCAGUUUCUGAUUUCAAAGCCUCCUUGCUCGUGUAUGAACCUCACUUGCCUUGCCAACUGUAUUGCUUCUUCUUCCGUAUCGACGCUUAUCAACAUGUCGUCCACGUAGUGACGCCUUUGAAUGAUGUCCGCUGCUUUUGGGUAUUGUCCGCUCAUUCGCUCUGCGUUUAUGUUUUUUGCAUAUUGGGCACUGCUUGGGGAACAACACGCGCCGAAGGUCAUCACGCGCAUUACGUAGACUGACAACUGGCCGUUAUCUUCUCUCCAAUAAAAACGCUGGCACUGUUGGUCUUCAUCACGAAUCAUGAUCUGGUGAAACAUCUCACGCAGAUCACCCGUUAGGCCGAUCGCUCCCUCGCGGAACUGGACGAGGAUGGAAAACAGUGAGAUUAGCUGAUCAAUUCCUUUUAAGAGAAAGCAGUUCAGCGACUUUCCAAACGACGUGGCCGCAGCGUCCCACAGAGAAAAUCAACUUACGUUUAGUUCCGCUUAGUUCUAUCACCAGAUCAUCGAAAUUUAUCCGUACUAAUAGAAUUUAAGCUUUUCCGUACUAAAAUGUUAGAUUUAAGGUUUUUUAUAAUGUUCACGUAUCUUCUAAUUUAGUUACCGUAGUAUAUAAGUAGCAGAACUUUAAGCCUAACUUCCCACGCAGAAUGUGGUAUAUGGGUGACCGCACUUUCAACAACCUGUUAUAUUUUAGGUUCAAGUUAGUGAAUUAUUAAUUAAUCAAUAUUUUUACCAAAAAGUAUGACUGUAAAUUUUACCAAAAAAUAUGACUCACAGGAGGCACCAACCGUACUGUAUAUAUAGUUUUAAUUCUAAUUUUAAUCACUUAGGUUAUAACUGCUUUCGCUCGUUUCGCUGGAUGAAGAAGGAAAGACCAACUUUGCCGACUCACCGUACUGACAUCGAGCACUGUCACUUCUUUGGAAAUGCGCACGGCUCCGACUGUGUUGUUGUUCUACGACGGCGCGCUGUGCAGGGGUACGCCAUCCGAUUUUAAUUGAUGAGACAUGCGAGUUAAUGCUACAACAGUUGAGUGAUUUUAGAUUUCUUUGUUCAUUUCAAGUUUUGAUCAAUAUUAAAAAAAAAUAAAAAUAAAAAAAACUGGAAUCUUUCGGUCUAUAAACAAAAUAAACGAACUCUAUAGUUCUGUUAGUACUGA